GUGACUAGCUAGUUCUGCUGUGGAUUAUUUUCUUCCACUUUUGCCUUGGAAACUAUCUGUCCAAAUCUUUAUAGGCAAGGAUAGGACCAACAGUUUAACAUGGAAUAAAUCAUAUGAAAAAGACACAGAUUUGCUGGCUUCACUGGACCCAAGGUCAUUUAGGAUGGAAAAGGAAAAGUGGAAAACAGCCCUGAUGGUCAUUUCAGCAAGAGUGGUGAAUCGAGUCGGGUUGAGGCCAAUCCAGGAAUCCAUCCCAGACACAGGAAAAGCCUCAGCGUUACAGAGGCACCGUGAAAUCAUCUUGACAGAGAAUAGAACAAAAGGCAGCCAACAUCCAAAGAAGAGCUUUAAAUGUCCUUCAAGAAGAAGGAGGAACUAUUCCUGAUGACUACUUAAGGAAAUUACAAGAAAGCUUUCCCAGGGUUCAGGAUAUGUUGAAGAAUAAAGGUGGUCACACAAAAUAUUGACUUUUAAUCUCGUUAGAACUUACAAACUCGGUUCUGUCUGAGUACUACGGCUUCCUCCUACAGCCCAGAGACAUGCAGUUAGUGGGGUUAGGUUAACUGGUGAUUUUAAAAUGUCCAUAAGUGUGAAUGUAAGUGAAAAUGGUUAUGAAACACAUAUUCAUGUCAUUUAGUAACUGUCUUUCCAGUAAUGAUCAAAUAUUUUUCUCUUCCUGGAACCUUAAGGUAGAAAAUAGAAGCAAGACUGCUUUUGUGGUAUUCAGUUAGGAACGUGUGCAUGUGUGUGUGUGUGUGCAUGUGUGGAUGGGUGUGUGUGUGUGACAGAAAGGGAGAGAGAGAGAGAGAUAAUAUAUACUGAGGGAGAGAGACAGCCUCAGGAGACUCAAGCCACUAUCUGCAUGUUUAUGAUUUAUUAGAGCAGAAAAGGUUCGACUUUUAAUAUUUGAAGUUAUUUUUAUUUAUGCAAAAAAUUUUCAUCAUUGCUGAGUUCCUUAAAAAUCAGAGUAUUUUGAUAUGUAAUGCCUUGAUCAUACUCCUUUGCGGACGCGGACUCAACAGCCCAGCAGGCAUGAGCCCAGAAGCCGUGGUGCUGUGAUUGUGUGUCAUGGACCGUGGGUUUUGUGCCUUGAGAUUUCUAUUUUAUACACAGCUUUAUACACAGCAGCUAUUUUCUGGUUGUUUUAUUAUGAUAAUAAUAUGUUUCUUAGGUUUAAUCUUGUUGCCUUUUUGCAAUUUAGUUUCUGCUGUGUGCUAUAUAUGUAUUUAUAUUUAUAUUUAAAUUUAUUUUUAUAUUUAUAUUUCUUUGAGUUUCAAUUUAUUAUCUCCCCAUGUUCUCUUGUAUCAUGUCAUGACAAGUGUCCCUGUCUCUGUUAGAUGUUCCUUUGUCAUGUUACUUCCUGUUUUAUUUUGGUAUCUAUUGUCCUUUGUGUCAUGUAUCUGAUUUUACUUCCUUGUCUGGUUAUUCCUGAUUGGUUCCUCCUGUGUACCUGGCUGUCGCUUUCUUUCUGCUCCUCAGUGUUGUUCCCUUUGUUUUUGGUUUUACUUCUAUGUAUGUUACAAUCAGUCCAUAUUAAACAAAUAGCUUCUCGUUUGUUCCUGCCUCUGCCUCUUAGCUUCUUGCAUUUAGGGUAUCACCUUUGCUACAUUCCAAAAUAUGACAUUGUGUAUGUUUUGCAUGUCUUUGCCUACCGAGAGCCUUGCUCCUGUGCAGUCCUCCAAAAUCUCAACUGCACAGCGCUAUAUGUGCAAGAUGCUAUGCUAUUUUCAUAUGCUGGAACAGAGUGGGAAGAUGUAUACAGAAAAAACAACAAACUAUCGAUAAUGAUUGCAUUUUUUUCAUUGUUUCUAACACUCACUUCCACUUCAACUCAUUGUAUUUUACAACAUCGCUCUUCUCUGUGGCUACCUGAUGGACCAACAAUGUUUUCCCUUCUGUUGUUUGCUGUGCUCUGUGUCAGCAGUCUGGCAAAACCUACUUUUAUCCACUACUCCUACUCUCGCGAUGUUGGAGGUGGCAGUGGCAGCUCUUUUUCCACAGAAGGAGAGGGCAGGAUAACAGCAAUCCGGGUCUGGGAGAUAUAUGGUGCCUACAUCACAGGGAUUCAGCUCCGCUACGAUAAUAGUUGGGCCGACGUGGUCGGUCGCAUCUAUGACACGCCACAAGAGAUGGAACUGUUUGAUGGAGAGGCCAUUGAUCAGAUCUCUGGGAAAUUUGAUAACAACUACAUCUAUCAGGUGAUAUUUGGGACCUCCAGAGGGCGCUCUCUGAUUGUCGGCCAGCCCACUCAGGGCUCCUUUAACUUCUACCCGAACCACCCUGAUGCAGAGCUCAGACUGCUGAGCGGACGAUUCAAUGGCAAUGGGAUUACAUCCCUGGGAGCUCACUGGGGAGUGGUGUUCACUCAUUAAGGCAGCAAUACAGAUAAAGUUAUUAAUGAAAGACAGAAACACUGAUUAUUCUUUUUGUGAUUUGUUGCUAUAUAAAUAAAACUGAACUGAUUAAAAAUCAAACAAAAAAAUCUCUUAAGAAAAUUGCAGAGUGGGUGCACUGUAUUUUUUCUUUUUUGAGAUUAGGUCUGUGGUUUACUGUUUUGCUGUGAACAAACUUAAGUUUAGUUUGUUGCUGGGGUUAAAUAUAUAAUAUGUGCUAAUGACAGUUGGGGGGGGUUUGGGUAUUGAAUGAAAAGACAUCAGUGAAAACCAUUUUGCAUCUGCAGCAGUGAAGAAGCUGUGACAUUUUGCACUUUUAAUCAAAAUCACACAAAGCUUAUACAAAUGAUUUUACCAUUUUUAUUUAUGCUUAAUGGUUGAAGGAUAGAGUUGUAUAAUGUUCAGUGUUUUGUGAGCAGCAGGUUUUUGACUUGAUCUUUUUGGGAAUUGGUGGCAAUCAAGAAAAAAAUCAAUACACAAAAUAAAAAGCAUUUUCGGUAUUAGAACAAACGCACUUUGUACACAUGGGUACACAUGGUUCAGUUCAUUUUUGUGUUACGUCCUUCACUGCUUUAUCUUCUCAAACUGCUUGUAUGUAGACCACUGGUUGCACGGCUGCAUCACACAAACAAGGUUAAACAUGUUGAAAACAAGUGGCUGCUCCGUCACAGCAAGUUUUUCAUUUUUCUACUGAACUUUACUUCGUUAGAAUUUGGUCA